AUGCCAGGGAAAAAUCUAUGCUUGCUAUCACUGGAUGGCGGUGGUAUUCGAGGGCUCUCCUCACUCCACAUUCUGAGGGAGCUUAUGAACAAGAUCGAGCCCAACCGACGCCUUAAGCCGUGCGAGUACUUCGACAUGAUUGGAGGAACAAGUACAGGCGGGUUGAUGGCUAUUAUGUUGGGACGCCUGCGAAUGGACAUCGACGAAUGUAUAAACGCUUAUAUGGAGCUCUCCAAUCGAAUCUUCACAAAGAAAAAAACUCCACUCAACAUAAAGGGUAAGAUCCAAGGUAGAUUUGACACCAAGGCCCUGGAAGAAGGGAUCAAACAGAUUGUUCGUGAUAUAACGGGCUCGGAGGAUACCCUUCUUCGAGAUGACCCAAACGCGCCAUGCAAAGUCUUUGUUUGCGCAACACGGAGAGAUGCGACAGCUACGAUGCAAUUCACGAGCUACAAAUCUCACAGUGAUGCCGAUUUGCUAGAGACCACCAAGAUCUGGGAGGCGGCAAGAGCGACUUCUGCAGCCCCCUCAUUCUUCGACCCCAUUAAGAUUGGCAGAUUUCGUGAAGAGUUUGGCGAUGGAGGUACAGGUGCCAAUAAUCCCGUUCGAAUACUGUGGAACCAAGCUCAGUACUGCCUGAACCAAGGAGAUCCGGUGGAGAGAAAUCUUAGGUGCUUGGUCUCAAUCGGCACAGGCAUCCCUUCACUUGAACCAUUUGGCGAUCAGUUAAUACAGGUCGCCAAAACCUUGCAAAACAUUGCCACCGAGACAGAGAGAACACCAAAAUCAUUUCGCGAGGAGCAUGCAGAGCUGGCUAAACAAAACAGAUAUUUUCGCUUCAAUGUGUUGAGGGGGUUGGAGAAGAUUGCACUGGAGGAUGCCACACAAACGGCUGCAAUCAUGGCAGCGACCAGAGAGUAUGUGGGGAAUGUGGAAGUGGCGGAACGAAUGUGGCUCUGUGGGAGAAAUGUAAAGGAGGCGCGGCAAAAAGGCGCUUUCAAUGUCCCAUUCGUACUCGAAGGUAUUCCUGUCAUUGAUAACUUUGUUCCUCGAGAUGGUGACCUCCAGAAGCUGAAGGAUGCGCUCUUACCUCGACCAGGAUCAGGAUCACAACCACAGCGGAAAUACCAGAAACAAUUCAGUGCGAUACUUUGGCUCAACGGGUCGACCAAAAACCAAGUCCUACAAAGCCUUGCAGGAGGUGCCCGACGACUGUCUAAUGAGGUACCAGAGGCAAGGAGCUUUCUUCCUUCCGGCAGUGGUGCAGACAUCGAAGUUGUCGUCGAAGGGUUGCUACGUUGGCUCAGCCAAGCUGGUAACAAUAGAUGGCUUCUCAUCUUCGAUAACGUGGACCGUGAUAGCUCGGCAGAACUGACGGAUAAGGACCAGGAUGCUUUUGAUGUUACGAAAUACUUUCCUUUGGCUGACCAUGGGUCGAUCCUGAUUACAACCCGGCUCUCCAAACUUCGAGGACAUGGAAUGGGACCAAAGAGUCACCAUCUGUCGCAGGUCAACGAACAGCAGGCACUGCAGAUUUUGAAUAACUGUUUAGAGCGACCACUUGAGGGCCUGAUCAGAAUCGUGCGGCGACUCGGUGGUAUCCCCCUUGCGCUCAAUCAUGCCGGGUCAUUCUUACGCCAAACUGGCUGCACUGUUCCGGAGUAUUUGGACUCUUACAACAAGCAAUGGGGUGAGCUUUUUGGUCAUGAUAAAACUUCAAUCAUAUACAAGAGCAUUGAGUCAGCCUGGACAAUGUCAUUUGGAUAUGUAAAACAGAAGGAUGAACGCGCCGCCAAACUACUGUUACUCUGGGCUCAUCUCGACAACACAAACGUCUCGUACCAGCUUCUUGCGUCAUCAACAACUCAUACUAUAUACGAACACUUGAUUCCCGACUGGUUUCAUGCCUGCAUGAAGGACAUCCUGGCAUUCCUGAACAUAAUAAAGAUCUUGAUAGAUUACUCUCUGAUUGAGGCCACCAUUGGAUCUCGGUCUUACUCCAUGCAUCCACUUUUGCAUGAUUGGUGCUACCAUUUUGGCGCUAAAAAGCAGGAUGAAUUUGCUCUAUUGGCAUCCCUUACGCUUGGCUCAGCACAAGAUGCUCUUCAAGGUGAUCUCACCAAGGGGGCCAUCAGAUCUGGGAAACUACUCCUACCACAUUACGAUCGGCUAUUGAGACAGACUGGUGAUAGACUGGCAGAUAGACUGAACGAUGAUGCUACGCUGGAAGCUUACUGUUGCUCUCUUCUGAGUUGCGCAUCCUACUACGUAUACCACGCUCAAAUAGAAAAGGCCGAAAGGCUCUCUGUGUAUGCCCACAAUGCAGUCAAGAAGUCACCAAAUUCUUACAACGAAUGGAAGGUUAGGUUGGCCCGUGCACUGUACCGCGUAUACUUGUGUUCAGGGAAACUCAAGGAGGCAGAGGAGAUGAUUCUACAGAACCUAGAAGGGAAACGCUUGUCAAAUUCUUGUGAUCCGGAGAUUUUUGACACUUUCCAUGAUCUCCUUCGUUUAUAUAGAAGGCAGAAGAGGUGGAAAAAGGCUGAAGAGAUAUGCCAACAGAUUUUGGAAGUAAGUACGAAGGACUCGAGCAAACUACAUCGCGCAAGGUGGGAUGCCUUGAACCAUCUUGGAAAUUUAUAUCAAUCAACAGACAGGCUGCCCGAGGCCGAGGUUGCGUAUUCUCGAGCUCUGGAGGAGGAGAUGGAACACGGUGCAGACAGUGACGUUAUCAUGCUCACUAUGAUGGACCUGGCAAUUGUACACUUGUGCAUGAAUCAUUUGACUCUGGCAGAACAGAUGUACAAAUCUGUUUUGAACUCGCGAGCGACGCGGCCGAAUAAGAAUUACAUAUUGCGUACGGUAGCUGCCGAACGAUUAGCUUGCAUCUACAUGGUUAUGGGACGAUACGGAGAAGCAGAGACUGUGUUUUUAAGAGCCAAAAAUGGGUACACCGAAUGGUUAGGGCCUUCAGCUCAGCGAACAUUGGACGCUGCUAGAGCACUGCAAAAGAUCAAUGCUAGAAGGGCUGAGUCUGCAAGAGCAAGUCCACGCUCACACGCUAUUCCGUAA